GUAUGCGCCCUGCCUUGUGUGACUGUGUAGCGCUGCUGCUGGGAGCGGCUUCAGAGCUGCUCAGGUACACUCGACGUGUAGGUGUGUUUACUCAGACACGUCCAAAUCACGGCUGCUGGGACUGAAGCGGGAGUUUGCGUGGAAGUAACGCUUCCAAAACGAUGACCAACCGAUCAAGACCUGGCUAUUAUCGCCAGGAGGUGAAUAAAACAGUGUGGGAAGUACCUGAACGCUACAGAGACUUGAGGCAGGUGGGGACGGGGGCGUAUGGUACAGUAUGUUAUUCUAUGGACCGGAGAACAGGGUCAAAGGUGGCCAUCAAGAAGCUCCAUCGUCCCUUCCAGUCAGAACUUUUUGCCAAGAGGGCCUACCGAGAACUCCGACUGCUCAAACACAUGAAGCAUGACAAUGUUAUCGGGCUCGUGGAUGUUUUCACUGCAGACCUAUCAUUCGACAGAUUCCAAGACUUUUACCUAGUGAUGCCGUUUAUGGGUACUGAUCUUGGGAAACUGAUGAAAACGCAAAGGCUUACAGAAGACAAAAUUCAGUAUCUGGUCUACCAAAUAUUGAGAGGGCUUAAGUAUAUCCACUCAGCUGGUAUAAUUCAUAGGGACUUGAAGCCAGGUAAUUUAGCCAUCGAUGAAGAAUGUGGGCUUAAGAUACUGGAUUUUGGUUUGGCCCGGCAGGCAGAUAGUGAGAUGACUGGGUAUGUGGUCACACGCUGGUACAGAGCCCCUGAGGUGAUCCUCAACUGGAUGCACUACACACAGACUGUGGACAUCUGGUCUGUUGGCUGUAUCAUGGCAGAGAUGCUGAUGGGGAAACCACUGUUCAAAGGGAAUGAUCACCUGGAUCAGCUGACAGAAAUUAUGAAGAUCACAGGAACACCUACACAAGAAUUUAUCUCAAAACUGCAAUCUCAGGAUGCUAAAAAUUACAUUCUGCGGCUGCCCAAACUUAAAAAGAAGGAUCUUCAGGCUUUGAUGCCAGAUGUCAAUCCUCAAGCGAUCACUGUGCUUGAAUCCAUGCUGCUACUGGAUCCAGACAGCAGGGUGACGGCGACUGAAGGCUUGGCUCUGCCCUACUUUGCUGUGUUCCGUGAGCCAGAGGAAGAGACCGAGGCGCUGCCUUAUGAUCACACACUGGACAACGUUGAGCUGUCUCUGGACCAGUGGAAACGGCAUGCAUUCAACGAGGUUCUUAACUUCAAAACAACACCACAGGGUCCUGUGCCAAAAGAGACGUCACUCUGAACCAUGUUGUGGCUUAACCUCUUCCACAUCUUCAAUCAAGUGUGCCUUAGCUCACUCUGUGUGCUACAGUUUGUCUGAGUGUCAGGAAUAUAUCAUAUGUGCUCUGUUUACUGUGCAUCUUUUCUCAGCCAGCAUGCUCUGGUGUUACGGAAGACAUAAUAGUCCUACAUAAUCAAGACCAUUGACGUGCUCUUUUUCCCCAAGCAAGAAUAUAAGCAUCCAGGCGUCUUAGUACUGUCUGUCUUAGAAUAGCUGUAGUGCUAGUAAAAAAAAUCCAAGACAUUAUGCACAACUUAUCUCUGGUAAUACUGGAACACUGUGGUGUAAAUGCAUGUAUUUCUUUGACCAUGUGUUUGUGUUUUUGCGGUCAUCCUUUUAAAAUAGAUAGUUUACACUUUUGAGUCCACGUGGGACUUAAAGGUUCAGUUCUUAUAUUUUAUACCUAUGAGACUAUGAUAAACCGAAUCUUUUUUUAAUGACAAUUUUUAGACCAGAUUUUCUAUGUCGUGAUUGAGUACAUGCCUUAUGUCCAUUAAAAACAAUUUGGUUUCGUAAGUGA